CGUUGAUGGAAAACUGAAUUCUACAGUCAGUUCUAUCCUACAGGUGGCAGCACUGCUCUGAAGCGCUCAGGUGUUCAUCAUGCCCAGGUAAGGAUGACCCUUCUCAGUUUUCAGGCUGUAAAGGAGGCCAGCAGAGCGAGGUGGAGCAGAACGAGGGACAGGCCUGCUGCGGAGACACCGGGACGUUAUAUUCUGCUUUACUGAGGAACAUCUACACACACAUGUGAUGCAGUCGCUCGCCCAAGAGAUCAAAUCCUUCUCCAAGACCAACCUGAGGAAACAAUGCACCCGGGUGACCACCCUGAGCGGCAGGAGGAUUAUUGAGACAUGGAAGGGGUCCACGGUGCAUGUGGUGGAGGACACGGUGCAGCCGGAGAGCGCCUGCGGAUACGUACAGGACAACACCUGGGACCUGCAAGUGGGACUCAUCAGACCCCAUUUACUGCUCGGCUCACAAGAUGCUGCCCACGACUUCGCCACUCUGAGAAAAUACAAGGUCACACACAUACUGAACGUAGCGUACGGUGUGGAGAACGCCUUCCCCGACCUCUUCAUCUAUAAAACACUCAGCAUACUGGAUCUGCCAGACGCUGACAUCAUCUCCCACCUGCAGGAGUGCACACAGUUCAUAGAGCAGGCCAAGGCUGAGAAAGGCGUGGUGUUGGUCCACUGUAACGUUGGGGUUUCUCGCUCGGUCUCGGUGGUGAUUGGAUACCUGAUGUCGAGGGAAGGCCAGUCGUUCGAGGAGGCAUUUUCCUUCGUGAAGUCGGCGAGGCCGGCGUCGUGUCCGAACCCGGGAUUCCUGGAACAGUUAAAAAACUACAAGCCUCAGAGCAGCACACAAGCUAACGGCCUGAGUCACGCCUGAACAGAGAUCAGUAAUUCCUCCAUUAUUUAUUAAUGUCUAUUAUUAAAGCCAGCAGUGCUUCCCUAAGAGCUCUCUGUAGAGAUGGCUUUGAUUGGACCGGUGGUAGCCUUAUUUACAUCUGGAGCUUAACCUGCUCAGUGCAGGGAAAAUGAAAAUUUCCUUCAUAAUUUAAGAGUUUUUACUGUUCAGGGGUGAA